CACUUAACCUGCAUGGGUCAUCCAGAGCCUGGAGUAGUGGAAGCUGGAUCCUCCAUUUGCUUAAAGCAAGACAAGAUAUGUUAUCGUUCAGGAUGCUCUUACCUCCUGUUUUAUUCUACAAAGUCUGCCGAAGUGGAAGAAACACUGAAAAGAAUCCAGUCCCACAAGGGGGUUGUUGGGGUUAUAGUUGUUAAUGCCGAGGGUAUUCCCAUUAAGAGUACAUUAGAUAAUCCUACAACCAUUCAGUAUACUGGACUCAUUAGUGGUUUGACUGACAAGGCUCGCAGUGUCGUUCGGGACUUGGAUCCGACAAAUGACCUCACAUUCCUCAGAGUUCGGUCUAAAAAGCAUGAAAUAAUGAUAGCUCCUGACAAGGAGUACAUGCUGAUUGUUGUUCAAAAUACAAAUGAAUAGUUGAGCAAGAAGUCAUCUGCUGCUGUUGAUUAGUUAAAUUAUUUGUUUAUUAUUAUUAGCUGUACUGUACUGUAGUCAUUAUGUUAAAAUGCUGAAUAAAGCUUUGAUAUUCUACUGA